AUGUCCGCUAAUAAGUCUGAUACGGAUAAUUUGCCAUGGAUAGAAAAGUAUAGGCCGGAAAGGCUUGAUGAUGUGUAUGGACAGUCUGAUAUCGUUGAAACAGUACGAAAAUUUGCUGAAGGUGGAAAGUUACCUCACUUGUUGUUUUAUGGCCCUCCGGGUACCGGUAAAACAAGUACAAUUAGUGCAUUGGCCCGUGAGAUCUAUGGUAAGGACUAUCGGAACAUGGUACUGGAAUUGAACGCGUCAGAUGACCGUGGUAUUGAGGUCGUCAGAAAUCAAAUUAAGGAAUUUGCUUCAACUAGACAGAUCUUCAGUAAAGGCUACAAACUAAUUAUACUGGACGAAGCAGAUGCGAUGACUUCCGCAGCGCAAAAUGCAUUGAGAAGAAUUAUUGAGAAAUUUACGAAAAAUACCAGGUUUUGCAUUCUAGCCAAUUACAUCCACAAGCUUACUCCCGCAAUUAUUAGUAGAUGUACAAGAUUCCGGUUCCAGCCUCUUCCUCAACAUGCUAUAGAGUUACGUAUUAAUAACGUCAUGGCAAAAGAACGCUUGCAGCUCUCCGAAAGCGCGAAAGAGGCGCUCUUGAGGCUUUCAAAUGGUGACAUGAGAAAAGCUUUGAAUGUUAUGCAGGCUGCGAAAGCUACAUUAGAUAAUCCAGAAAAGGAUACAAUUGGUGAGGACGUAAUCUAUGAAUGUAUCGGAGCUGUACGUCCUAAAGAUCUUGAAAGCAUAUUGGUGACGAUUCUUCACGAUGACUGGAGUACCGCAUACGAAUCUGUAAAGAAAAUUCGAAUGAGUAACGGUCUAGCUUUAGUGGAUAUGAUACAGGGGCUAGUAGAAUGUUUAGAGAGUUACAAGUUAAAAGACAUUACGUGGGCUACGAUGUUGUCUAACCUUUCAGACAUCGAAUAUGCUAUAUCUAAGGGCGGGAAUGAUAAAAUUCAAUGUACUGCAACAAUUUCGGCAAUUAAGUCCAGCAUGGAGCUGGAAUUAUAG